AUGAAGCUGAUGAAGUGGAACCUGAUGCUGGGGGUUCUGUUGAGCACAGCCUUGGUGGCAUUGUUGGUGUUGCUUCUGAGUCAGCUGCUGACUUCUUGGACAGCUCCAGCACAUCUGAGCCCCCCAUCCCCUAGGAUCUUUUCAAAGAAAUUUGAGUGGCAGGCUCGAACACCACACCCCUUGGUCCUGAGGUACCCUGAGUCCUACCCCUUCCUGCUCAACCAUCCUGAGAAGUGUGAGGGUCCCAGAAGUGCCCCCUUCUUACUCAUGCUGGUGAUGACCCAGCCUCAGGAUGUGGGGGUACGCCAAGUCAUCCGACAAACAUGGGGCAAUGAGAGUUUGGUGUCCAGUGUGGUCAUCUGCCGCCUCUUUGUUCUUGGCCUGCCCCAACCCUCCUUUGCCCAGGAACUUAGAGCCCUCCUGGAGGAAGAGGACAGGGAGCAUGGGGAUCUCCUCCAGGUGGGCUUCCUGGAUACAUAUGCCAACUUGACUCUCAAGGUCCUCAUGGGGCUGGAGUGGAUGGCCCAGUACUGUCCUACUGCCCAGUAUGUGCUCAAGGUAGAUAGUGAUGUCUUUCUCAACCCCAGGUACCUAGUACAGCAGGUGCUGUGGCCCAGUGGACCCCCUCAGCUAGAUUUCAUCACAGGCCACAUCUACAGAACCUCAAACCCUGAGCGGAGACGGGGUCACAAGUGGUACAUGCCCCCAGAGCUGUAUUCCCAUGACAAGUAUCCAGACUAUUGUGGAGGCCCUGGCUAUGUGCUGUCUGGCUCCCUGGCCCUCAGGAUCCUGACAGUAGCUCAGAGGGUCAAGGCCAUCCACUUGGAGGAUGUGUUUGUGGGGUUGUGCUUGAAAGAGCUUGGAGUGAAGCCCACACCUUCUCCCCCUGGUACCUUCCUGAUGUUCAGAAGGAAUUAUGACCAUUGUGCCUUCCACCGACUUGUCCUGGUUCACGGCUUCCAGCACCAAGAAGUACAACAGAUCUGGCCAGACUUCCUGACUUCCAAUGGUGCCUGCCCCACAGUGUAA